AUGAGGCUCGUCUCAAUUGUAGGCGCGGCGAUCUUCGCCUCCUGCGCUGUUGCCCAAACUUACCAGCGCUUGGGUGGCUGUCCAACCUUGGGCUGUGUUUUCCCUCCCGACCAGGCGGAUUUCCUUCCCGGGCAGUACUUCGAUAUACGUCUUGAAGUUCACUCGCCUGUCAAUGGCUCUGAAGCUCGCCAGGGCCAGCCUGAUCCAGACUUCAAAUUUACUAUCGCGAAGAAAGGCGAAGAUGGGGUUGCCGCGGCAGAAUAUUUCGAGAUCGACGAGCCGGAACUCGAGAGAUGGAACUUUACCUGGUAUGAAGACCUGUUCGCGAAGGAUGCGGAUAAGCCCUCUCUCGUCAAUGUCACAGCCAAGGCAUACAGAAGGGUCGCUCUCCACGAGCCUGGUGAGUACGAGGCGACGUUGACCUAUUACGGUCAGGAGAAGACAGUUGCCAACUGGCUGGUGCGCAACCUCCCAGAGAAGCGACGGGCGAAGAACGUCGUUCUCUUCGUCGGAGACGGCAUGACAACUAACAUGAUCACGGCCGCUCGUUUGAUCGCUCACCGCAGCAUUAAUGGCAAGUACUUGACCAAAUUGCAAUUGGACAAGUUCCCGGUCUUGGGCCACCAGAUGACCCACUCGAUGGACUCCUUCAUCACGGACUCGGCCAAUUCGGCCACGGCACUCUAUACGGGCCAGAAGACCACAGUGAACGCUCUGAACGUCUAUGUGGACUCGUCGGAAGAUCCUUUCGAUGACCCGAAAUUCGAGACCAUUUCCGAGAUCUUCCGCCGCCGGUACCCCGAUGCCGGUAUUGGAAUAGUCUCGACUGCUUUCCUGGCCGACGCCACCCCCGCUGCCUUGGCUGCUCAUACUCGGGACCGUGGCGAGUAUGACCAUGUUAUCAGCGCUUAUUUUGAAGGGCUGACCGAGUAUGAAUGGACAAACUGGGACGGUCCGGACGUCCUCUUCGGCGCCGGUGCAGAAAACUUCGUUACCAGCGAAGACGCGCCUAGGGAUUACUACCAACUGUUCUCCGAGAAGGAAUAUAGUAUUAGCUGGAACAAGACCGCGCUGCAGGCUGCCCCGAAUGACACCAAGGCCCUAGGUGUUUUCUCCACAUCCAACCUGGCUACUUGGCUCGAUCGCAACGUCUACCAGGAGAACCUUCGCAACCAGAGCAACUAUCCAGAUGGCUCAAAGCGCGACGCAGAGGAUCUUCCUGGGCUGAAGGAGAUGACCCUCAAGGCAAUCGAUGCCGCCAGUAUCGACAAGCAGAUGCACUCCUUGGAUUACGACCGGUCUCUGGGCGAACUGCUAGAGCUUGACGAUACCGUGCGCGCCACGAUCGAGAAGCUCGAAGCCCUUGGACAGUUGGAGGACACUCUUAUUAUUGUUACCGCUGACCACGGCCACGGAUUCGACGUCACCGGCUCGGUUGACACCGAAUACUUGAACGCACAGGAAGAUGAUCGCGACAAGCGACGGGCUAUUGGAACCUAUCAGAAUUCGGGACUCUCGCAGUACACCGUGCGCGGCCCUAACGCCUUGCGGUACUCGGAAGGGGUCCAUUUCCCGGCCCGCUGGGAUCCGCGCUACACUCUGCAUGCCGGUGUGGUGGCGUUCCCCGACCACCAAGAGAAUUAUGAAGUGCACAAGGAGGGACCUCGGACGCCCGCGACGAAGCGCAGUGGAUCCGACGGCUACUUUGCCAAUUACAAGGACGCGGUGACUGGGUUUUUGGUUAACGGCACUCUACCCGUCGAUGCGAACCAGGGCGUGCACUCAUUGACGGAUGUACCGGUGUUUGCGCAGGGCCCUUGCCAGGAGCUGUUUGGUGGCGUGUACAGCUCGGUGGACAUCUUCUUCAACAUGGCCGAGUGUCUCGGGUUGGCUGACCAUGGAAAGAAUUAA